AUGACCACCACCCCGUCGCCUCUACUCGCCAUACGGAGCAGCUCCCUCCAGAUGCUCGCCUCGUUGCUCCGUCUCCCGCCCGAGAUGAUGAUUGGGGGGGUAACCACGAGGGAGAUGCCUGCCCAAUGGCUCGCGGAGCAGAAGCAGGUGGUUGACUCGGGGGUUUUGCCUUUCGAGGUGCUGGCGAAACCCACCACCACCGCGAGGGAAGUGUCGUCGUCGUCCAGGUGGAGGAGGGUUGUUGCUCCGUUCUUGCUUACCGGCAGUCGUCAACGGGGGUUGUGUCAAGCCCAUGGUGGUCUCGAUUAUGAUCUUGUCAGGGAGGUUUAUGGCUUGGUUAGGAAGGAGGUCGUUGAUGGCGGGGAGGGGGUGAGGUCUUGGUUGAGGUUUAUUUCUCGGCGUCGAGAGGAAUAUAAACGGGAUGAUUGGAGGGAUGUGAGAGGGUUUGUUGAGGAUAUGGCGGGGGUGGUUGUGUUGAUGGAGGGGUUUGAGGUGGGUGACGGGGUGGAUGAGGAGCGGUGGGAGGGGUAUUUUGGAAGGGGGGUACGGAUGGAAGAUGUGAAAGAAAGGUUCGGGACGGGGUGGGAGAGGGUGGGAAGUGGGUGUUUGGCUUGUGUUUUGGGGGUUAUUGGCGGGAGGAAGGAGGUGGUUGUUGGGUUGAGGGGGAGUUGCUUAUCGCGGGCGAAGAGGAGGACGCCGAGGCUGGAGGGACGGUGGUUGGGGGGGUGGAUGGAUGGGGAGAUGGUGAGGGAGAGUGAGGUGCUGGCGGGGAGGUUGAGGGUUGUGAGGAGGCUGCAGGAGGGGAGGUCUGGGGGAGAGGGGGUGGGUAUGGAUUUUGUGAGGGGGGUUGAGGAGGUGAGGUUGGCUGACGAUGCUGGUCACCGAACUGGUGGCAAUGCGAUAUAUGAGGGUGAGGGCAGCAGGCAACUCAGCACCAACAACCCGUACAGACCUACUGACCCUAAAAGCCCAUCACCACCGGUACCACCACCACAAGAACCAUUCGGCGGGUUCGACGGCGCCUUCGAUUCCGACGAUGACCACUACCAACAAAUCCUCAACACCCUCGUUCCCCCCGGCAAUCAGAUCCAAAAUCCCAUACCACCACCAACACCCCCAUCCAUGAGUGACUCUAGAGACUAUCACCCCCCUCGCCAAAGCUGGACAGCCCCCAUACCCCCCCUUUCCCUCCCUCGCCGCUGCCCCUCACCCCAUCAUUCUCACCCUCCUGCAAACUUGAAUCCCCAAGUUCACACCGCCAUCAUCCCACCCCCCUCCUCAAGCUACUACGCCGACGAAAUCCUCAACCAUUAUCAGGAUUAUCAGGAUCACAAACCGUCAGCCAGAACAAGAUCCAGCACCAUCUUCUCUGGGAGACCCCGGCCAGAAGAAUACGACAGCUUGGUUGCCAUGGACAACGAUGAAGCGGCUUUGUUGUGUCGCCGUGAACAUCAGAAACGUUUGGACGAAUGCUACAGUGAGAAGAGUACAAAGGCGAGGCUGAAAAGGGGGCUCGAAAGGGGCAGGAGCAGUCCAGGAAGUGAUGGGGGCAGGACAGAGUGGGGUGAUUUCUGUCGGUUUUGA